CCGCCCGCCCGCUUGCUACGCCGCCGCCAUGUCGGCGCAGGCCCAGAUGCGCGCGAUGCUGGACCAGUUGAUGGGCACCUCCCGGGACGGGCCCUGGUGGUGGCAACCGCCUGUGUGCCACUGAAAAUCGUGCCGAUGCCUGGCAUACUGCAUAAAUGGAAGCAGGGUACCGCGUGAGUUGAAACAUUGGUCACACUAUAUAAAGUUUGUAUAUGUGAAUCAGUGUAACUCAUACCCAUGUAACUGGGGGUCUGACUGUAUUUGGAUUUUUCUGAUAAGGCAUCAUGGGCUAAGGAAAAGAGCCCUGGGCUGAGACUCAGGAGACCUGGUUUCUAGCCCCAGCUGUACCUCUAAUUAUAACCUUGGGUAAGUCGCUUAACCUUUUUUGCCUCAAGUUAAAUCAAUAAUUUGUUAAAUGGGAAACCAAACAAUUUCCUAUGUUACACUCAGAAAGUAUUGAAAAAUAAGUAUAUUGUAAGCUUUUUAGAAGAGAGGAACCAUAAGUAGAUAUAAAUUAGUAUGUUAUUUUAUCUGAAGUUUGAGAUACAUUAAACUUUAUAAAUACUUUUCUGUUUCAGUUGUUAGCGUUAAUAGAAGGGAGAGGGAUAAUUUAUUUUCCCUGAACGUAGUCCAUUUGAAAGUAGGGAGGAGUAGCAAAGGAAAAUUCGAGCAGCAGUUUGAGAACUCUUUGUGACAGUUGGAGGAAUUCUUGUGUCCUUUCACAGACUGUAGUCAUUUCUUCGGAGUUAGGUUAAUUGCAGGGAUGUCCCUUAGCUAAAGCCCUAUUGCCAACACAUACAAUUUGGUUAUAAGUCUCUGCUCCCGACCCCAAAAAGGCCUGGCAAGGUGCAAGGGAUAGGAAUUAAACAAAAUUGAGGAUAUGAAUUUAGAUUACAUCCUAAACUAGGGAAUUUACAGUAAGCAGUUUUGAGGACUCUGUACGUUUUAAUUACUUAACAACCUUUAAAUAGAGAUCAUCUCUGAAAGGUUAAAACAGGCCAGGAAUGGCAUCACCCCUCUCCCCACCCCCACAUCCCCUACCCCAAACAACCAGUAGACUAAUAGAAUAUAGAAUAUGGAAUAGAAUUUUAUAGCAUCGUUAGUUGCCCAUUAUGGCUAGGAAAUGUUGAGGGCAAGUUAAAGCUCUCAGAUAAUUUUACCUGUUUUUCAGGGUAAUCUUUCUAACCAUACAAUGAUGUACUUCCUCAGUUAAUAGAGUACAUUUCAUCAUAAUUUAAUAUUUCUGCUCAUCAGUUAUAUUAUACAAUAGUUUUCUGGAAUCUAAAAUUAAAAGGAUACUACUCAUCCUAGGAGAUAGCCAGGAAAAUGGAGUUCAGAAAAUAAUUUACUUGUUCCUAAUGUAAGUUUAAUGGUACGUAAGUGUUGAACCUGUGGGACAGUAUGACAUUGCUGCCUUUCUGCGAAAUGAAUAAUUGAAUCCAAGAUUGAAGUAGUGUUUUCUUCAGUGGAUUUUCUUCAUAAAAUCAUCUUUACUGUAAUCUGUGUUCCUUGACUUGUCAUCAACAUUGAGAGCAUUUUUUUUAAUUUUUCUCAUUAGCAUAAUGAACCAUAUUUAUUUCUUGGUCAGUUGUAAGCCAUUCUUCUAUUCUACUUGGAUUGUUCAUUUUAAGUGAAGGAGGCAUAGCCUUUGAUGUACAAGCACACAUUUUAAAAAAUAAUGGGGUGUAUCUUACUCCAGAGCUUGUAAGUUCUUUUAACGUAAGAAAUUUUAGCAAAAAACAAAGGCUAAACAGUAGUUAAACAUAAGCCUAGUAAGAGUUUUAGUAAAUAUUUGACUUCCAUCAGAGGUCCAGGCAUAUCAAAACAUUGAAAGCUCUGCUAACAUCCAUAUAGUAAAUCUGUUGUAAACAAACUUUAACUCAUUUUGAACUCUGAAUAUUUCUGUCUGCAAGACGGUCCAGAAAAUAAGAAUAGUAUCAUUUCAUAUAAUCUUGUAUUGUCCUUGGGUUGUCUGUAGCUGUUUAGCUGUCUUCAGGGAAGCCUAUGCAAGAGAGCCUAUGCUCUCUUUUACUUAGGUAAAUAAGUUGGAACCAAAGAAAAAUCAUUUUGUCUAUCACUGCAUAAGCUCUGUAAGCAGUAAGUAAAUGAUUUGGUUUGGAUAAGAUGUCCUACAAGGAGAAAUGGUGAGCUGCAUGUUCAAGAUAGGUAGCAGGAACUCAAGGGCAAAUUGAAGUCCUGGAUCAUGGUCAUUCAGUGAGUCAGAUAGUGUUCAUUACCAGGUGAUUUCAUACCUUAAAGCUUGAAGUUGCUGAGUUCAGGCAAGUGGUGGGGUUACAAAGAUAGAUGGCUUUGAACUGAAGGUCACUAAGUGUAGGCAAAACUGUGAUAAAUGAGGCAGAUGCUCCUCAAGAAUGAAAUUCUAGAAAUGAAAUAGGUUGAAUCCUAAGAGCCUAGGGCUGUUAUGUUAGUAUAAUCUAUCAGAAAGUAUAAGUGAUUGUACUUGUCCACCUUAAUCAUUCUUAAUAAGAAGUCGACUAAGAAGGUGAAGAAAGUUGGAACAUUUUGCUGGAGAAAGAAUGAGGGAGUGAGAGAGGGUACGUUUCUGAUGGGACUCUUACAAAUUCAGCACCUACAGAAAAGUCAUUCUGUUGCUUUUGAUUUAAAUUCUCAUACACUAGUAGCUGCUAGGGUAGAAAUUGGAAGGCAAGGCCAAAAUACAUCAGUUAAUCAAUUUUUGUAAGGUUACUGAGGUAAUAGAGAAAAGUAGUUUGUAAACACUGAAUAAAUGUCAUAUUUUGCUGUUUAACAUGGACUAGAGAAAGGAGUCUUCAGAAUUUUUUUCUAAAAAAAACUCUCACUAGAUAUUGAUCCAUAUGUUCUAAUUUAGUUGUGAACCAUGUGCAGUGAUGUUUGACCUGUGUGAUUCAACAUGAAAAGAAUUUAACAAGCUGCCUUUGCUGAGUGUUUUGUCAUGUCUCCUGAAUGCAUGGUAAAUUGUUUUGUUUUAUCUUCUUGAGACCUCAGUUUUCUCUUUCAGAGUUAAACUUUCCAGAGUUUUGCCCUUCAGUUAGAUAGGUUGGAUACUUAUUGGAUAGUAUCUUCAUUAUACUUAAUUGCUCACUGCUUCUUUAUUCUGUCCUAUUAGAUUACACAGUAGACCAUUUUCAGUUAUGUUUUAGGUCAGGAUUGGCACUGUGGCCCACUUGGCUUUUUGUAAAUAAAGUUUUAUAGGAGCACAGCCAUGCCUAUUUGUGUACAUACUGUCUAUGGCCGUUUUGCCUUAAAACAGAGUUGAGUAGCAAGAGACAUAUGGCUGCAAGCUUAAAAUGUUUGCUAUCUGGCCCUGUAAGAAAAAGCUUAUUGGUCACUAUUCUAGAUGAGUGAUUCUCCAAGUGUGAUCCCUAGACCAGCAACUUUAGUAAUACCUGGGAACUUGUUAGAAAUGCAGAUUCUUGGGUCCACCCCAGGUCAACUGACUCCAGAAAGUCUGGGGAUUGGGAGCAGUAAUGUGUGAUUUAAGAAGCCUUCUACAUGACCCUGAUGCACAUUAAAGUUUGGGAAACCCUGUUCUCUAGGUAAAUGUUUCCUGAAUAUUAGUCACACUACCACGUCGACUAUUUUUUACUCUGUUUUCUGUUUUUUAAUAUUUUAUUUCAACUCACUUUCUAAAAUUUAAUUUUAAAAUGAAAAAUUUAUGUCAGCAGAAAAAUACAGUGAGAACAACAUGGUAUUUUAAGAGGUAACUUAGACUCACAAAAAAAAAAGAGAGAUAACCUAGACUGUGUUGUCACUUUGUGCUAAACAUUAGAACUUGUUAGGUGUUAAGCACUAGAUGGACUUCGUGUACUUUUAAACUUAAUCAUGAUAAAGAAUCACCACUAAAUGAGUAGUGCUUAAAAUGUUGGUGAAAUCCUGUUGGUAAAAUCAUACAACACCUAAAAUCAUCUUUUGUACAAAUCUCAUACUCUGGAAUGAAAAUUGUAGUUCAUAUGAACGAAAAAGCUGCUUGAACUGUACGUACCCAAGACCGGAAGUAGAAAUAACUGACCAGAAGAAAUAUAUACCUGUGAGAUGGAGCGUUCUAGGAGUCCCUAGAGAGGUUCAUCUAGACUUCUAGGGUGACAUUACCUCAUUUAGCUUUAAUUCUCACCUCUCCAAUAGUGUUUUGGUCUACAGUGACCAGUGGUUUUGCAGGAUUUCACCAACCUGUGGGAAUGUGAAAAGGUGCCUGGAUGUGGGAAAAGUUGCUUAUCAAAGAUAACCCCUGGACUAGAAACUGGGGCGGGGUGGGGGGGAAUGGCUGUGGUUUUACAUUGUGGACAGGAGAGCAGCGGGACAUGCUUGUUAAGAAAAUAGUGGAUUCAUCUCAGGUUCUAGAAACCAUGCGUUCGUAAUUUGAGAAAUUCCCAUGUUAUUUAAUUUGCCUCUUAGUAUUUAGAGGGAUACUUCCCCUAGGCAUGGUGUUCUGUAUACUUAUUGGCUGAUGUGCUUUAGGGUAUAGUAAUUGUUGAUAAGAAUAGAAUCUUUCUUUCCUGAAUAUCUCCAAGUUGCUGAGUUGAUUUAGCUUUUCCUUUCCUUAGAGAUUAUGGACAUACUUGUUUUCUUAUCUUUUGUCUCUGCAGUAAAGAGUGAUACAAGACUAACCUUAGAGGGACUGAAAGUCUAGUAGGGAAUGAAGAUUUACUCAUGAGCAGUUACGUUUAAUUUUAAGUGAUGAGUUCUGUGAUGCUGAUUAUAGGGGCCUAAUUUUGCAAAUACUGUUCAAAAAUACAAAAGACUUUCAAACACCUAUAGGAGUAAACAGAUGUUAUUUUGUAUGUUUUCUUCAAAUUAAAAAAAAAACAACAACAAAGCAUUACAAAUGAAGUUCCUUCUCUUCGCUUCAGAGUCACAGUCCUUUCCCCAGAGGCAAUCCUUGUGAAUUUAGCAUGUAUCCAAUGUGACACAGUAUUUCUCCUGUGUCGUUUCAGUAGUUAGAAGGCUCAGUCUCCUUCAUGGUAAUCUCUGUUUUUCAUUUUAACUUCCUUUAUCAUUGAGAUGUUUGUCACUUCUGUCCUUUGAUAUUCUCAUUUCUUUUCCUUUUUUAUUUCUUCAUUAUUUUUUGAUUUGGGGAGGCUCCUACUUAGCUUUCAUAGCUAUAGCCAACCAGUGAGAACUUGUCUUUUUGGUAAAUUAGCCAAUCACUUUUUCUUUGGUUCUUUUCAGCUAUUUCUUCAUAGCCAGAGAUAGCUUUCGUUACUUCUAAUUUUGUGUAUAGAAAGUUGUGGAUGAUAGAAGGCACCAGAUACCCAGAGUACAAGUGUUACUGUAUCAGAAUUGCAGCUCUGCAACCUUCACAGUUGUUGAUCACAUAGCAUGGUCAUCCACUCACAGCUUAAAAAAAUACAGGGAGCAUCGGAGAGAAUGGGUUCAAUGUAUCUAUGCCUGCCUACUUCAAUCUGCAAGGGAGUGUCAGAAAGGCCCCGCAUUCGCCGAGCCGAGAUACUACUCGCCAACGAAUCAAAUUCAGUGAUGACCGAGUGUGCAAGAGUCACCUUCUCAACUGUUGCCCCCAUGAUGUCCUCUCUGGAACUAGAAUGGAUCUUGGAGAGUGUCUCAAAGUCCAUGACCUGGCUUUAAGAGCAGAUUAUGAAAUUGCAUCCAAAGAACAAGAUUUUUUCUUUGAACUUGAUGCUAUGGAUCAUCUGCAGUCAUUCAUUGCAGAUUGUGAUCGAAGAACAGAAGUGGCCAAGAAAAGAUUAGCAGAAACUCAAGAAGAGAUUAGUGCUGAAGUGGCCGCAAAGGCAGAACGUGUUCAUGAAUUAAAUGAAGAAAUUGGUAAGUUGUUGGCCAAGGUGGAACAACUAGGAGCUGAGGGAAAUGUGGAAGAAUCCCAAAAAGUAAUGGAUGAAGUAGAGAAAGCACGGGCAAAGAAAAGAGAAGCAGAGGAAGUUUACAGGAAUUCUAUGCCGGCUUCCAGUUUCCAACAACAGAAACUUCGAGUCUGUGAAGUCUGCUCUGCCUAUUUAGGUCUUCAUGAUAAUGAUAGACGACUGGCUGAUCAUUUUGGGGGUAAACUGCACCUGGGAUUUAUUGAAAUAAGAGAGAAACUUGAAGAAUUAAAGAGAGUUGUAGCUGAGAAACAGGAGAAAAGAAAUCAGGAACGCCUGAAACGAAGAGAAGAAAGAGAGAGAGAAGAAAGGGAGAAGCUGAGGAGGUCUCGAUCACACAGCAAGAAUCCCAAAAGGUCCAGGUCCAGAGAGCAUCGCAGACACCGGUCUCGCUCCAUGUCACGGGAACGGAAGAGGAGAACUCGCUCCAAAUCUCGGGAGAAACGCCAUCGCCACAGAUCCCGCUCUAGCAGCCGAAGCCGCAGCCGUAGCCACCAGCGAAGUGGGCACAGUUCUAGAGACAGGAGCAGAGAGCGAUCCAGGAGGAGAUCCUCAAAAGAAAGAUUCAGAGACCAAGACUUAGCAUCACGUGACAGAGACAGGAAUUCAAGAGACAGAUCACCUCGUGACAGAGACCGAAAAGAUAAGAAGCGGUCCUAUGAGAGCGCUAAUGGCAGAUCAGAAGACAGGAGGAGCUCUGAAGAGCGCGAAGCAGGGGAGAUAUAAUUAGCUGUGUACAUAUCCUCAAUCCUUAAGCUUCCUAUGGAGUUACAUACUAUUGUUUAGUUUACAGCUAUUGGGGGUUACAGUGAGCAGUUCCAGACUCCAAUCCAAAUAGGCUAGAUGCACAGUAUCUAACUCGAUCUGAACUGAACUUGUUUUCCCUGAUGAAGCCUAAAACUACAUCCAUAGUUUCUGGUGAACCUGUAAUGCCAUUCUGAAAGUACAGUUUUAUAUAAUAAGAUGCCGAUAUCUUUAUUCUUUCUAGUAGGAGUGAUAGUGAACGAAUUGUGUUGCUUGCCUUGGGAAUUUUUGAACAUUUGUAAAAUGCUGUCUUCCUUUCUAGUCCACAAACAACAGCUUUCAGAAUUUUUCUUUUUAAUUCUUCUUCCUCUGACUUUUGUAUCCCCUAAUACCUCCACCCUCUAAUUAUAGGAGAAAGGGGGAGCAGGGAAGCAAUAUGACUUCUGUUCUAAGGUUCUGUUCCCAUUAUUAUGAGCUGAUUACAGAGCAUUUAUACUGGAAAGUGUGCUGGAGAAAUUUCAAUACCCGGAGUUUUUGUUUUGUUUUACAGUGCCUAUUUAGAGUUGGAAGUUGAACAGCCUGUUGCAUCACAUACUUUGCUUUUUUAUUGAAAUUUUGAAAUCCAACAUGUCUUGAUUUUUCUGUUCUAUUGAAUUGCUAUGUUCAGGAUGUUUUGAAAAGGGGGGUGGGGCAGGGACUCUUUCAUAAGCACUUGUUUUAUUUUUUGUGUGUGUGUGUGUGGAGUAUAAAGGCUACAACCUUAUUGUAAAAAAUAAUAAAAUGAAACAAUCACCACCACCAUCAUUAAACUGUAACUUGUCUAGUAAAUUGUCACUAGAACUAUUUGAUGUGGGCAUUUCUUCUGUUCUAUCAUCAUUAGUGCCUUACUGUGCAAGGCACCAAAGGAAAUAAACACAUACUUGCCAAGAUGAA